CUCUCCACCCAAGCUCUUCCUCCGCACCACCCAAACAUCUACUUCUACUGCUCUACUCCUUGAUUUCACCAGAUUUUCUUCUACCUUAUGAACAUGAGUGCUGCUCGAAGGGUGUUGUCGCCUGCCGUGCGCUCCGGCGCAACCAAGCCGGUCUUCAUCCCGACGCGGACCUUCGCGGCCUCACCCUUGAUGAAGGAGGCGGCCACCACUCUGCCCGCUAAGAAGCCCGUGGGCGCAUUCCGUGGAGGAAUCUUCGGUUUCCUGACUGGCUCGGUUGCAGCCGGUGUCGCCGUCUACUACUAUAUCUUGGCCGAAUACCGAAUCUCCAAUGAGAUGCUGACUGAAGACAUCUACGCUCUUCAAAUCGCUACCCAGAAGCUGCAGACUUACAUCGGCGAGCUAGAAACCAAGGUCGACCAGUUGAAGAAGAAAUGAUCUGAGUUGCAUAUCAUCUUCCUUUUCUCUUUGUGUCAAUGUUUUCAUCUCUAUUCCGGGUUUGUUUGCCUUUAUUUGUUUCCGCAGGAGUUCCUCGCUACGUACGGGUCUAGCAUAUCAUUUUGGUCCACUGUUUGAAUGCAGGUUCUGUGGGGAUGAGCAUCGUAAAACCAGUCGAACCAGGACUGUAUCUCAUAUGUACGAAAGUAUAUUGAAACGUACGCAUUCAAGUACAUGUUCAGACAAAAAAG